AAACCCAAAACAAAAACGGUUAGGGGGGGCGGGGAGAGCAAAUUAACUCUAAAAUACAGCUUUUCCCCUAUUUGCAAACAAGAGGAAGACUUUGAAGAGAGAAUGUUCAGUGUCAGGCUGGCCUACAUUUUCUCCUACAACCUGUUCCAGUUCUGCGGACACACGUGGAUACUGACGAACACGGUCGUCAGGUUUCUCACCUUCGGACAAGAUGCUCUAGUAGACACGUUUCACUCAGUCGGUUUCGUCAUGAGUCUCUGCCAGCUGCUCUCUGUCUUGGAGCUUUUCCACAUCGCCGACGGGAUUGAGAAGGCCAGACUGCUCCCACGCCUCAUCCAAGUUUUGGAGAAAAACCUCCUCCUGAUCAUGCUCAUCCUGGUGGACGAGGUUCAGAGCAAACCGGUCGUGUGCGCGCAGCUCUUCUUCUGGAACAUCUUGGACUUGCUGAGGUACCCCCAUGAAGUUAUGUGCUUGAUGGACGCCCCCUCCGCUGCCAUGCUGUGGGCCCGUUACACUCUGUGGAUCCCCAUAUACAUCCUGUCUGUUGUCACAGAAGGGUUCGCUAUAUUCCACGCGACGCAUUUCGUGGAGCAAGAAGCGUCUAGCGUGGGGAAUGCCACAGCUUCUGCGCCCAUUUGCCGCCCGCUCGUUCUCACGGUCUCGCUGCCUCUCCUCGCUUCGGGAGCGUCGCUCACAGUGUGGCAGUCGCUGAAGGAGAGACGACAGCAGCUGGAGAGGUGGGCCAAGAAGAUGAAGAGGGAAUGACCAAAUCAUAAAAGAUCCAAAACAAACCUGUGGUUCUGGGUUUUGAAUCUUUUUCAAAAAUAGUUUCGUAAUAUUUUUACUCAUUACUUUAUGACAUCGUUGUACGAGUGUGCUGAAUUGUCUUAAUAGUGAGGACAAAGCGCAUACGAGUACAUGGACCUUAAGAUGGACAUCAGGGAUGUGGAAUAAAUGCUCAAACCGCUUACCGUAGACUACCAGCCAUACGCUCUGGUCCACACCGAUUUCUUCUUGAACUCGGGGGAGCGCCGCAGGGCCAACAGAGCCGCUGAAAGGACAAGGAGGAUCAGCUUCGAAUCACAAUUUCAAUCAAAUCAAAUUCUGUGCGUUUUCCUCACCCCGGGCCGUGUCGAUUGUUGUCGCCG